CUGCAAGUGUGUCAGUUCACGCUCCGCGGCACGCUCUCGUUCCCUUCAGCGACUGACAUGAUGGCGGAGGCCGAUUCUUGGGAUGCGGACAGUUUCGAGACGGAGGAGCCCAUUAAAAAGGCGGCAGUUCAUGACAAAUGGGAGGGCGAGGAUGAAGACGACGAUGUGAAAGAUAAUUGGGAUGAUGAUGAAGAGGAAGAAAAAGUGGAGGAAAAUACUGAAGCAAAAACUACAGAAAAGAAAAAGCUUAGUGAUAAGAUAAAAGAGAAGGAAAAUGUACAAAGGAAAAAACAAGAGGAACUCAGAAAGCAACAGGCAGAGGAAUCUAACAACAGCACAGAACGCACGCCAGAAGAGGAGUUGGCAGAAAGACUAAGAGUGAAAAAGUUACAAGAGGACUCUGACUUAGAACUUGCAAAAGAGACGUUUGGUGUAGUAUCAAAUAAUAUAACCGGAAUUGAUGCAAUGAGUCCCUCCUCAAAAGAAGACUUCACAGAGUUUGAGCGGUUGCUAAGAGAAAAAAUGAAUCCUUAUGAGAAGUCUAUACACUAUUCCAGCUUUUUAGAGUCGCUGUUUAGGGACCUCUGUCUUUCAUUGGAAGUUGAAGACUUGAAGAAGAUUAACAACUCGCUCACAGUGUUACUAGGUGAAAAGCAGAGGCAAGAAAAGCAACAAAACAAAGGGAAAAAGAAAAAGAAGGGAGUUGUACCAGGAGGUGGUUUAAAAGCCAAACUGAAAGAUGAUCUCGCAGACUAUGGAGAGUUUGAUGGAGGUUAUGCUCAAGACUACGAGGAUUUUAUGUGACCAAGGCCUAACCCGACCUAUAACUUUUGCUGAUUUCUGAACCAUACACCUUGACAGCAUGACCUUACCCCACAGACAGGCCCACUACCAGAAUCAUGCUAGAAAAAUCUGAACGUCAUCCCAUGCAAUCCACACUAUCCUUUGAAAAGGUUUAUACAGAGAAUACGUUAAGUGCAGUAUUUUUCUGUGGUCUGAUGUGACUUUAGCUCAGUGUUUAUCGGGAUAAAAAUAACAAUGAAGAAAUGUCCUCCUUUAAAAGUGAACAUUGGUACAUGUGAACCGGCAGUAUGGAUUAAUCAUUUGACAGUCAAGACUUUAUGAACAAAGAGUGUUAUUGUUCGGUGACUGCUAUUUCUUGGAAAUAAAUGAAGUUGUAUGCAAAUUUCAGAAUAUGUCCAAAUUGAUCUCUGCAUUGGAUGAGCUCUGGGAAUGAUGGCCAGAAUUCCUUGGAAGAUAUCCUUGUUUGAGUGGGAUGUUCCCACUCAAAUGUGAAGUGAUAAUAAUUAAGCAGUCACAUGGAGUAAAAAUCAUGUCUACUAUCAGACAUUUGUUUUUAGAUAACAGUGAGCUCAUUUUUAUAGACGUGUAAAUGUAGUGUAGCAUACUUAAGCAUUAAGACAUUACAGAAUAUAAUGCCUUUACAUUUGAAGCUCAUGAUAAUUUCCAUUUAAAGUAUAAGACCAAAAGUAUGAAACUGCACUGUGCAGCUCACUAAAUCAUUUUAAAGGUACAGUGCGGCAUUAUUAGGAUUACCUCAGCAUUUUGCAGAGCAAAGAAUAUGAAUAUUUAUGAAUAUAACUUUCAGUGCAACACAAUGCAGUUACUCAUUUGACCUCAAUCAUGCCAGCAAUGAUCAUGAUCUCAGACAGGGUUUGAGAUUGUCUUCUGAUAGAUAGGGGACUGAGUGUUGAAGUAGGUUCACGCAAAGCUGAUAGGAUUCUGCAUAGUUUUAUAAAUAUCUAAUUUAAUAAAAAUUGCUUAAAAUCCA